CGUUGGUGUCGAAUCGACGAAUCGUUGGCUGUUUUGGCUGUUUAUUGUUUGUUGUGUGAAUCACCAUCAAUAAUCACCAAAUUUACCAAAUUCUUUAGUGUAGUACGCCACGCCUUACGCGUUCGCGAUUUUUGUUGUUUCGAUCGUUGUAAUAUUUUCACUGAGCUCUGCCAAAAACUACAAAAUGAUUAUUGUCAGUUUAAUUCUCAUGCUUGUAAUAUUUUCAGGCGUUGAUUGUGAAAGAAAGAUCACAGCCAAGUUGAAUCCAGGCUGUGACAAUCCUUCUCUGUGCAAAGAUGCCAUAUUGGUACAUGUCAAGGCCGAAGGUUUGGAUGACACUCUUCACCACAUUUGGGAUUUCACCUGGAAACCAUCACUGCUCCUGGCACUCACUGAGAAGAACACUACGCUAAACAUCCAAUGGUCGCCUUUCCUUGCUGGCAAUGAGGAUGCUGUAAAAUUUGAUUCGGUGCCGAAAUACGUAUAUGGAGUUGUUCUUGACAAGAUGAUUGAAUUUAACGAUGCAGAUGACACAGGAUAUUUGAAUGAGACAAACUCCGAUUCUUCUUAUAUUUCUCUUCUGGACACAAAGAACUUCAACUGGAAACUCAGCAAUCUGACAAACACCAGUGGUGAAGCUACCUUGACUGUUGUCGCAACAGAUUUCAAAGACAAUCUCAUUAAUCUUCAGAAAAAUGGAACUGUACAAAUCACUUUGUCAGCGUAUGGAGCUGAGACCCACGGUGAGCCUCUGCCCCACCUGCUGCACUCUGGUAACGCCUCUCAGGUAGACCUGAUCAUCAAUGGACUCUCCCCGCAGUACAAUAGGUCUCGCUACGGACUCAGCCUCCUCGCAGUCAGCUCUGACUCUCGUAACUCCACAUUGCCCUCGGUCAACCACAGGAAGACACUGGAUGACGAACACGCACCCGGAGUCUUCACUAUCGAGGAGUUGCUAACACCGGCAGUGCAUGACAAGGCUGGUGGUGGUUACCUUCAGUGGCGUCCCAUUGUAUACUUCUCUGACAAGCGUGAGAUGACCAACAGCACAGAAACAGUGCAGUAUCAUGUAGUCGCCCCAACAUCCCCACGCUCGGCUCUCAACCAUUCGCUCCUGUUCUCUGCCCUCGGACCGCAAGUUGACGACAUGCUCACCAUCGCUACCAAUGUGACCUUCGGAGUAGCUAAGGACGGCUUCUACAACAAGAAUCAAUAUGCUGCAUGGACUAUGGUUACCGGCUACGGGCAGCCCCCAGAAGAGCACUUCUCCAUGUUGGUAAUGUUGGUGUUGCUGAUUGGUCUUGGACUUCCGGCCAUAGUGAUCCUCACUGGAACUGUAUGCCUUGUCGUCCGCCGCCUACAACGCAACAAGGACGACUUCUUCCUAAGCCGAUAACUUCAUCUCCCUUUCAGUCGGUGUUACCUUGUCUUUCAGUGAGUUGCUGUUAGUAUUUGACGACGUCCUAAACCGUAGAACCCAGUGUGGUGAUGAGUUCAUUUUCCCCUUUUUCUAAUCUCAGUAAUAUUUUGUUAUGUAACAUUUUUUUUUUAGAGUUGUUCUUACUAUGCAACUAUUAUUUUAAUCUUGUAAGACUGAUUGGUUGUACUUAAGGGUUUACUAGCUCAUACAUUUUAGUGAUUAACUUGUUUAGGUUUUUGGGAGAUAUUUAUUUACAAAGUAGGCCUAUAUGUAAAGAAAAAGUAUGUCAAACAUUUUAAUGAGGUUUUAAGCAAUAUUUUCCAAACACUGUUAAAUUUCUCAUCAACAUCGAUUGAAAUUUCUUACAUAAAAUAUCCCUCGUUAAAAACCCGGCUCUAUAUUUUACAAGUGUGUUGAUUAUCAUUAUUUGUGGCUACUAAGUGAGAUUAGAAGAGGCAAGGAAGAUACUCAUCCAUGUGUUUUAUAUACCAAAGCUAAUUCCUAAAAUACUAACUUAUAUUUAAUUUAGCUGUAAGACAAAGGUACCUCUGAUGUAAUAGCCCUGUAGUUACUUCUAUCUGGUUGUCCUCAACAUUCCUUCACUACCGUUUUACAAGACUGUACUAAGAAAGCAUUUACUUUACAUUCCAUUAUUAAACAGUUAACUGGCUCAGAAAGCUUGUUAAGUGUCUACAGUCCAUUCUUUUGUUUAUUGUACCAUGGUUUUACUAACCAGGUAUAUUGCUCAUUUAUUUGAAGCAUUGUUGACUGUUUAUGAUGUUCUCAAUUCUCUAUAGGUAGCUAUUUUAACACAUGCCAUAAGGUAUUCUGUGUUCUGUGUAGAACAAACCCACCCAUGCAAUAAGAGCAAUUACAACUUUAUAGAGAAGCUAGAGCUUAUAUUUUAUUAGUUAACAAGCACUAAAGCACAUGUAAUUAGUAUUAAAUAAAUAUGAUAUUUUUAGUUUAUAAGUUAGCGUUACAAAUAAGAAGUUUUAGUUUUCCGUACCAUUGAAGUAACGUUCAUUGUUUUAGUUUAGGAGUGUGUUUUAUCUGAGUUGCUUUUAAUCAAAAUAACGUAUUGAUAUAUAAAGCCUCGUUCACACGGGGCGAGUUUACACGCUACGCGCCGGCGUGUAAGAAGCUGGCGAGUUGGUAAGUGCGCUUGUAUUCGUUCACAUGGAGCUUGUCCACUUGCCAACUCGCCGACGUUAAGAAAGAUGCCGGCAAGUCGGCGAGUGCGCUUGUAGUCGUUCACACGAUGCUUUUUCCACUCGCUCAGUAGCUGGCUUGAACUAAAUUCUCCGACAUCUUCGAAUAACAUGCGCACAAGCACAAGCAACUGUUCACACUGAGCUACUUUACACGCCUACUCGCUCAAAAGCUGGCGAGUUGGCGUGUAAAGUAGCGGCAGCGUAAACUUUUACUAGCAGCUUUUGAGCGAGUACGUCAUUCACACUGGGUUUUUUUACUAGCUGCGUGUAAAAAAUCUGGCUUGUAGCUUGUAAACUCGCCCCGUGUGAACGGGGCUUAAUAUAGGCCUAGGAUCAUUUUAAGUGUAAAAAAAUUAAUAUGUUCUUCAAUUGCUAAUAACAUUCAGAAUCUCGUUCUACUGAUUUAUGGAAAUGUAAUAGUUUUAUUGCAUUUCCAUUGUUGUUUUAUUAAAAUAUAGGCCAUAAUAUAUACUUUAAUUCAUAUUAUUCAUAGUAACGUAUAUAAGUGGAAGAAAAAAUUUUUAUUUCCUAAUAUAAGUUAUAAGAGUGUGUAUUGUAAUUUGUAAGUGAUAGUUGCGUUAACUUUUUGAUAACCGUGUUAGCCUUUGUUAGAUGCGAAAUUCUUUGCCAUAAAUUCCGUCCAAUAUGUUUCUUUUCAAAAUUAUCAUCAGUUUCAAAGGAUCUUUUAUUUUUCCAAAUUUCAUUUGAUGAUGAAUAAUUCCAAGAUUUUUAGUUGCAAAUUAGUAUUCAUAUUUUUAUUAUAAUUCUGCAAUUGAGACUUAAGUGUUGUGCAAUAAUUGAGAAAUAUUCCGAAGUUUAUCCUUCCAUUGACUGUACAUUCCUUGUUGUAAAUCAAUAUCACUGAUAGAUCAUCGUUGUUAUAACUGUCCCUUAGUUGUCACCUAUGCUCAAGUCCAUUAUCAGUUCAAGCAGCAAUUUUAUAGUCUUGAGCUUGAUUUGAUGGUGGUUGUUAUAAAAAAAUGUUGGUGGUCAGUGUAGUAAGUCUUCACAAAUUCCUAAUAGAAAAUCUUUAUUGUACUGUAAAUUUAGGCAAGGUUAAUACUCCGUUCAGUUUUGUGUACUAUAGCUGAUUCAAGAGUGGAAGUUAGUAAACACCAGUUCACAUUUAAAUAUAACGGCUUGACUUUGGUCACUCUGUGUACAAAAGCUUAACAGUAUAAUUGGGCCUCUAGAAUAUAUAAUUUUGAUCUCGCCCUUGGUAAAUAACUAGUAACCCUGUGAUCUCGAGUCAAUUUCCUCUACCCUCAAAUAGUUAUUCAUUUUUAUUAGCUAAUGUUGUUUAAAAAAUAGACUUAUAUUUAAAAUACAACGUUAUAAGUCAAUUAAUUCUAAUGAAACUGUUAUUUUUGUAAAUUUUAGCCAUGACAACUAUUACGCUUUUAACAUAGGCAAUGUACACGUAUCGAUUUAAGUCUGAAUUUAUUGUUAGAUAGGCUCAAUAAAUGAAUUUACUUCAAA